ACGUUCUCCAGGGUGAUGGAGAGGAAUAUGCACUAACCCGGCCCGAAAACGUUAAAAGCCGUCGGUGUUCGUUUUUGUAUGCACCGUGACAAGCACAGCUAUGGCCGGUAUACGGAGAGUAAACGGGAAAUUGUCCGGAGUUAACCCCGCUGUCAGUUGCUCUCGCCUGCGUCAAGUUCAAGCCCUGCUCUGUGAAGGAGGCUCAGUCACUCCUGACGGCAUCUUGUGCUCUCUUGGGAUAGACAGCAGAUAUAACGAGGGAUGCACAGAGCUGGCAAAAUACCUCUUUUAUGGGCUAUACGAAUGGAAUCAACCAAACCUGGAGCAUGCGCUUGAUGACUUUCCCGAAGAAAUGCUGGACGACGUGAUCAUGCUGAUAAAGGCAGAGUGUGUUCAUCUAUACUGCAACCCAGUGAACUAUAGUUACCUAUUGCCGUAUGUAUCACACUGGAGGAACCUGCAUCUCUACUGCAUGACAGAGGAGGAGUAUGAAGAUGAAGAAGCCGCAGAGGAAUUCAAAAUCUCCAGCUUUGUCACAAUGGUGCAGGACUGCCAGCGUAUUGGAGUUGCUCACAGCUCCCAAGGGCACAUCCAGAAGUUUGAUGUGUUUGUGGUGGAAAAGUGGCCCCUGAUUCAAGCGUUUGCCCUUGAAGGUAUAGGUGGAGGAAGCUUUUUUACCAUCAAAUACAAGAUAGUGGAUAUGAGUGAGAAGCUGUGGCAGGUUUACAACAGACUUGAUCCAGUGUCUCUGGAUAAUCUCUUAGCGGAGGACUUGGGAAUCUUUGAAAAGCAGUGGAGUAGCUUCUUCUCCAGCAUCGACCUCGAGAGUCAUCUCUCCAUCUUGGAUCUCUCUGAGGCACAGGCAGGAGAGGCUUUCCGUACUUUUUAUUCUCACGGGCUGAUUUCUAACAACAUCUCAGAUAAAAGUAAAAGUCGGCAGCCCUUUGUGCUCUUUGGAAAGCACUCAUCCUCAGAGGAUCUGGAGAACAUUUCGUUCAACUUUCCUUCAGAGAGUCAUCAGGUUCGCAACACAGGGCCUCAAGGUUCUACAGCCAAAAACAUGAUUCUACAGUGUGUGGCUCCCAAAGGACCUUUAGCCUGUUCACGAACAUAUUUCUUUGGGACUACUCAUACCCCAUAUCUUGGAAUUCAGACGACAGAGCAAAAGAAAACAGAAGUCUUAGUUUUGUCACAGAUUUAUUCUGCUGCUGUUCAAGGAGUCCUGUCUGGAAUAAAAUGCUACUGUAGUACUUCUAGUUUCACUAAGGCUAAAGAUGUUGCUGUGAACACGUUUCUUCUGACCUUGGACUUGAUGAAUUUAGGCCACUAUCGAGGUCAUCUCAGGUCCAAAUGUGAAUUCAGCAUUCAAGCUGCAAAUAAUCAAGGAAUUGUAAUUCCUCUGGCUGAUGAAGACAGCCGUUAUCUAGUCAAAACCGCUUCCCUGAUUGUCAGCGACAUCCCAGACCUAGAGGAAAACAGGGGAGACUUUGGCACUGUGGUCUACUCUGAUUCUUUUCUGGAGUCCAGCAUCAACAUUCAACAGAGAGAUGGCACUGUGUCCUCAGACAGCUGCUACACCAUCCUGACUGCUAAUGUUCCUCGCUACGCCUGCUGGCUGAUGGAAUCUGACGUCAAGCAGUCUGAACAAGCCCUGCAUGUCACUAAGAGCGAGGAUGGUGGCUGUCUAGGAGGUUCUCUGACCGUAGCAGAUUCUGCGUACGUGUUCUCCAGUGGCCAUCUCUGCUCACCUGAGGAAGGUAAAAUCACUUUCUUCUCUGAGGGACUCCUGUUUAUCCACUCCCAAUUAGGAUGCAUCACUCUGACAAAGGAUCACAUCCGUAAAAUCAGCUUUUAUGCUCCAGACUCCUGCGGUGUGGGUUCUCUGUUUGUGGAGUAUGAGUCAAGCCUGCUGCCACACCUUCCGUUCCCUCUGCACAGCUCUGAUCAGUGUCUGGUCUUUGCCCUGCAGCCUAGAUCUAAGAGUUACAAGGCCUUCUUUACCAAGGUUCUGCCAGCAUGGAAAAAUCCUGAAACUGGACUCAGUUUGCAACUUGUGGACCAAGAACAGCUGUCCUUAAACCAAAGAAACAUGCACACCAGAGUUCAGAAGCUCCAUGACAGUCAAGAACCGCCCGUUGCUAAACGCAAAGGCAGCCUUAAGACUUCCCACUCCAAGCUGCCAGGGCAGGAAAUGUUUCUUCAACACUUUGCUUUAAGCAGCAUCAGUCAGGAGCCCAUUCUGUACGACCACCUGGAGGCGCUGUUCCCCUCUGCAGAGGUUAGGAACAAAACCCAUCAGAAGGGACGCAAGGUUACCAUUAACAUAAUCACCGGACUACCAGGAAGCCACAAGAGCACCCUUUGUAACUUUUUAGUGGACCAGAACAAGGAUGUCGGAAGGUGGGUGGUGUAUGAACCUGACAGCUUCUCAGUCUCACACCUCCAGCAGUAUUUGUCGAGCUUCCUAGAGAGCCAAAGAGAACGAGUUAAGCCUCGCCUGUUGCUGCUUACACCCGGAUACACAGAUGUUCUGGAUGUUGUCCAGGCGGUGCUCUUCCAUCCAGAUCCAGAUGUCCAAGGCUGUUUCACCGUUGGUGCUGUCACUGCCUGCGUGAACCCACUCGCGUCGUGCAUGGAACAUCGGUUUGCUUUCCCCAAGCUGUUGGAACAGUGCAGUCAAGGUAUUGUGAGUACAGUGGUGUUCACGGGGCUGACAGCAGAGGAGAAGCACCCUCUCAUGCAGCAUGUUCAGCAGUUGGUACGCUCCGCUAACCCCACCGCUGCCUUCAUACUGGCAGAAAGAGGAGCUGUCACCAGGAAUGAAGAUGUGAGUCUGAUAUUGUCCGAGAGCAGCUUCGGCGAGACGCAGAUGCUGAGAGCACGUUACGUCCUCUACCCUGGAUGGUGCAAAGGACGCUUCUUCUCCGGUUCAGGGACCGUGGUCGUCACCCAGCAGCGUAUAGCUUUCAGCCGGCCCCUAGAGAGGCCUCUGUUUGUCACCCGCUGUAAAGCAAUCAAGUCAUCAUUAAAGUCCAGUCCGUUCAGAGGAAAUGUUUAUAACAUUUGGGGGAAAGUCAGAUUUUCUGACUCGGAUCGAACGGUGGAUGUGCGCUAUAAUGCAGUUAGCGGGAGCCUGAGUAUCGUCCCAGACAAGAGCGCCGACUCUCUGACCGCAGCCCCCAAAGAGACCAGCACGCCCUGCUUCCUGAUCUUUGACGGUGUUGGUCUCAUUCAGGAGGAGCUGAAGGUCUGGUUGAGGCUGUGCACCAAACAGAGGCAGGCCAAGAAAACAAAGAAGACUGCAAACACCCUGUCAGCACAAGAAAUCCGAGCAUACAU